GAAUCUUUCCUGAAAGCCAAGAACGUCGUCAUUGCAGUUGGGGGUCGUCCUGUUUACCCCGACGUCGAAGGAGCGAAGGAAAACUGCAUCACCAGCGACGACGUUUUCACGCUGAAAUCGCCUCCCGGAAAAUCAUUGAUCGUCGGGGGAUCGUAUGUUGCUUUGGAGACGGCGGGUUUUUUACGCGGGCUCGGCUUUGACGUCACCGUAAUGCUGAGGUCAAUUCCGUUGCGGGGUUUCGAUCGAGAAAUUGCCAAGUUGAUCGUGCAAAACAUGGAGGCGAGAGGAGUGAAGUUUUUGCGACGUUGUCUUCCGAGCGGUUUCCGGAAAGACGAUGGGAACGUAAAAGUCACUUGGAAAGACAAGGACCAUACCCAUGAUUUUUCCUGCAAAAAAGACAAGUUUUUUACUGCAUGUCCAAUCAUUUGUUUAUUUCCUGCUGGAUUGAAGACAAAUUGUUCCUUUGAAAAAUUCAUUCAGGGUGCUUCGCAUUCGGAAGCGUUCAAGACCGUGAUGCUGGCGGUGGGUCGUCGACCAGUGACGGAUGCGUUGAACCUCUCCAACGCCGGUGUGGAGGUGAACACUGAAAAUGGCAAGCUCGUGGGCCAUGACGGCGAGAGCACCAACGUGAACGGCAUUUACGCCAUCGGGGAUGUGUUGGAUGGACGACAAGAGCUGACACCGGUUGCUGCCCAAGCCGGGAGACUAUUGGCUGACCGCGUUUUUGGCAAGGACCCGUCUGCCAAAAUGGAUUAUUCCGCCGUGCCGACGACUGUGUUCACGCCGCUCGAGUAUGGAUGCGUUGGCAUGAGCGAAGAAGAGGCAUUUGGGAAAUUCGGCGAAGAUAACAUUGAGGUGUAUCAUGCGUUCUAUAAGCCGCUGGAAUUCUACCUGCCGAAAAUUGACGCAAAGCAGUGUUAUUUGAAAAUCAUCACGGGAAGAGAGAAGCCCGGCAAAGUUCUUGGACUGCACUUUUUGGGUCCGAACGCUGGAGAAGUUGUUCAAGGGUUCGGAGUGGCCAUGAAAGCUGGGUUGACGAAAGCAAUUUUGGACAGAAGUGUUGGGAUCCAUCCAACGAAUGCGGAAGAAUUGGUGAAGCCCCUUGUGACGAAAAGAUCCGGUGCUGAUCCUGCAUUGGAUGAGAAUCAAGAGCUGUUGGAGCACGAGGUGGACUUGCAAAAGCUGUAUUUGCCGUAUAAUGAUCUCCCGACUUCGCAGUACACGAAAUUCAAAUUUUUUCGAGACGUGGCGUCCGGAGAAAUCUUGGAGCUCGAAGAGGAAUUCGUUGCAGUUCAUGGCUCUGCGACGAACUCAACAUCUUUGCAACGUGAACCAGCCCCGGUGAAGAAAAACGUUCGCGGCUCGGUGAACAAUCUUCCAUUCUGGCCCGGAGGCUUCGACAACGAUCUCAACUCCUUCCUCGAUGUGGCCCUGAAAACCGAGGAGAGCAAAGGAGCUAAUCUAGACACUUUGGAACCCGGGGAAUUGGAUUCCGUCGCGCCCGGAUUGGCGGAAGGCCUUAAUUUCUAUGGCCCCGAAUCCUUGGUGUCUGCUGGAAUCCGAACGCACAAUAAGAAGGAUAAGAAGGGUCGUGCUUUGGGCGACAAUGCUCAGUUUGAUUUGACAAAGUUGCUGGCUGAUGGCGAUCAUCCCGAUUGGUGCUUUGAUGACAUCACGAAGUUGGGGAAAGAAGGGAAACCCGCUGGAACCGCCAAACUCAAAGGCAUGUGCGCC